AUGUCCCUACCCACCUCUCCAAUCCCAGUCCCAGUCCCAGUCCCAGGCCCAAGCCUAUCCCUCCUCCGCCCCACCCUCGCCCUAAACGCCUGGCCAUUCACAAUGGAACCCUGGAUGUACGCAACGCGCAUCCCCGUCUCCAGGGCCACGCACCCACCCCCCACAAACACGACGACAAAGAGCAACAUCGACAAACUCACACCCGCCUCCGUGCGCUGGAAAGCAGAUAACUACAACCACCGCCUCGAGCAGCCGACGCAGUUCUAUGCCGUCGCGCUGGCGCUGGCGCUGGCGCGGUAUAUGCGUGGCCAAGAGGAUGUGCUUGAUGCUGGACUCGCGUGGAUGUAUGUGGGGCUGAGGGUUCUGCAUAGCGUUGUGCAUGGUACGGGGGAUUGGAUUAUGGUGCGGUUUGGGGGUUUUGUGGUGAGCUCGGGGGUUCUGGCGCUUUUGGCGGGGAGGGCGGCGGCAGUGGUGUUGAGGGAGGAUGUAGCCUUGACCUCGAGAUGGGGAAGUGGGUUGUGGGGUGGCCCUGGUCUAUAUACAGGGAUGUAA